UCUCCCACCUGCCUUUCCACCUACUCUCUCUUUAUAAAACCUUCCUUCAUUGUAUUCACGAAAACUUCUCCGUUUUCUUCGCACACAGACGUACAGACAUUCACAGAGAAAGAGAGAGAGUAGGCUGCGAGAUUUGAGGGAGGGUCCAUCAUGGCUUCUGCUGCUAAGAGGAGGAAAGCCGCCAGGAAGAAGAAGAAGGAGCUGGAGAGCCACGUCGCCAGCAACUCUCACGAAAAUGGUGAUCUGAUGAAUGAGAACGAGAAGGAUAGUGAUGGCGGUGUCCAGAGUAAUUCCCCACAUCUGAGGACCACCCUCACUCGUUCGAUGAGGGCAAGGAGGGUUUGAAGAAUGGAGAAUCGCCGACCCUUCCGCAUGCAUCUACGGACAAGCCUCUAGAGCCAAAUGCGGCUGUUCAGAUUGGUGACGAAAUGGAAGCCGGAGAUGAUUUACGGAUUGAGCGGAGGGAUGUUGAGGAAGCUGUCGGCAAAGAAAACGAUGGCCUAGGAAGUGAGUUAAAGUCUAACGGUAUUCUUACAGUUGAGAUUGUUGAGAAGGAGGAAACCGAGGAAGAGUCGGAGGGCACAAGCGUCUCCAUCGAAAGGCUUAAGGCUGCAAAGGAAUUCUGCAAUGGAGAGAGCGAGACUUUGCCCAUGGCGAAUUCGGCAGAGAAGCCGCCUGAGGUACCGAUGAUUCCGACGGUGGUGCGGAAGACUUCAUGGAUGAAUUGCUGUGGAUUGCUUGAUCUCAUAAGUGAAUCCAGGACAUAAUUUUCAGGUUUUCAUUUUCCCGUAUCCUGGAAAAUUGGUAUGAUGGUUCCAUGGCAAAGAAGAGUUAUCCAUUGCAUUCUAUAGCUGUAGAAGCAAGGCAUUGUAGUAUAUAGCAGUAUUCACGUGCUUAUCGAGGAGUGUCUCAACUCUUUGAGGCCUCAAUUGUAUCCUUUGAGGCUAGGCUAGUGCUGAAGAACUUGACCAUACUCAUGUUGCAUUCCCUCUUUCUAUAAAUUUAGCUGUUACUUCUGGAUACUUACAUCUUUCCUAUCUAAAUAACUGGGUACUUAGCUCGGUCAUUGUGAAAUUACUCAAGGUCUGUUGUAUGCGGGACUGAGGAGUUCCUCUCAGUUCCCUUUUCUUGCUUUAAGACUGCGAGUCACAGCAAACGACGUUAAAGUACUUGAACCGAGAAGUUAGCAGCAGCAGUUUGCUACGGCUCAGGAGCAGUUCUAUACUCAGUCACUCUUAGAUUAUUUGUUCAUGCAGAAUGAACUUUCACCUAUUCAUGUUUUGAUUGGUUUGGAUUACCUUGUUCGCCAUUCCUUGUAACAACCGUGUAUAUGUUGGCCAAAGGGAAUGACAGACUUCAUUGAAACA